AUGCAAAAGCAUUCCAUUAAACGUCUACGCGAGCAAGUGACGGAAGAAAUACGAGAACAAACAGCGAUGUUAACGAAGAUGCAAGCGGAACCGAAAACGGCUUCUAAAGCACUACCAAUACUAACCAGGGAAGAAAUGGUGCCCUACAAGCACAUGCGAAAUUUGGCCGAGUUAUCUCUUGGUUCGACCCACACACUUGUGGCAAUCGGUUACAUUGAGCAUUACGGGCAAGAGAAACUUGUGGUCAAACUGUCCUACGGUAUACUUUACCAGGCUGGGGAUAAUUUGGAGGGACAGAAAGAACAGUUACUGGACGAUUGUAGAGUAAUAAUAACAAAGAUUCGAGUAAAUCAUUCCACAAAAAGAAAGUUUGCUGUUUGUAAGCUUGUAGAACGCGGGGAUUGGGCUGGCGUACUGGAGUACGAGAACGUGCCGUUGUUGCCAGCGAAGAAGAAGCGAAGUCUGCUAAAGGUCCUGGACGUUAAGCCCAUAGAACAUAAAGGACAAAAGCGUAAACUUGUGCUAACGGAAGACGGAACAGUUUAUAAAAUCAAACGAUCCAAGUUGGAAAACACUGCAAAAGCUGGACAAUAUGUUUAAAAACUGCUUAUGUGUGUAAAUAAUUGUUAUGCGUUAAAAAUAUAUUGUUACAAACGUUAAACUGUGUCUGUGUUUUUAUUUUUUCCAUGCAUCCAAACCACAGCAGUAGAUUUUGCUCUAAAAUGAGUACGACUUCGUAUUCGUCAAACCCCUUUUUUCCUCCUUCUGAUGUCAUUGAGAAUGCCUAUGUCUACGUCUACGGAGGUCUGUACCAUAGAUAUAAGAGGUGUAGAUUGCCAAUUCGUAUACGUCACUAUACUGACAAACGCGCCAAAAUUCAAACAAAAUUUGCCCGGUUGAUUCAACGAACGAAGCUUAAUGGGAGCUUUUGCUGGAUAAUCACAGCAUUAAUUUCACAUUACCGUGAAAUAUAUUCAAUAUAGAAGUGUUGUGGAGGGUUUGUUGUUUACCUCUCCUAUUGGAUCCUUGAACACUCUCAAUAAACUCUCUAACGUACAUUUAUUCAUAAAAGUUUUACAAAAGGGUAUUUAUAUUAACGUAUAAACUCUCUAUUGUGUAUUUAUUCAUAAAAGUUUUACAAACAUGUAUUAAUGUUUCAAUACAUAUUUUAUUCAUAAAAGUUUUACAAAAAGUGUAUUUAUAUUAAUGUUUCAAUACAUAUUUCAUUCAAACAUCUCUGCGUUGUUCUUCUUUACCUAAAAUGGUGGGAAAAUUUUACAUGAAAAAAUGGCGGGAAAAUUUUACAUAAAAAUGGUGGGAAAAUUACCCUAGAAAAAAUGGCGGGAAAAUUCCGCUAUAAAAAAUUUAUGGAAAAAAUGGCGGGAAAAUUUUUCCAUAUGGGGGGGGUAAGACUACUGUGGCAGGCAUUAAAGUGGCGUGUUUUUUGACACACUUUGUGUCAUUGUAAAAGGAAAACGUGUCAUUGUAAAUUGAAAUGUGUGUACUUGAGACAGUGAUAGUGUUAUUGGUCUUGUGAAUAAAGCCUGGAAAAUCCAUUUCCAGCCAUUUCCCACAGCAAUUUUGUUUAAAGUAACCGUGUAUUUAUUGCCUGAUGGUAUAGCUACAAUACUGGACAAAACCAUCUGCACCGCAAAGCCACGAAGGAAUGUUUUGACAGAGUGUCGCAGAUUCUGCGACACUCUGUCAAAACAUUCCUUUGUGGCUCUUUUUUUUACCACUUAGACGGGAAUAAUUUACUCGUUAGCCCCCCUCCACCCCCAAAACAAUGUUGCACGUUUUAUCCGCGUAUUCUACGAAUACAUGCAAUCAACAUUGAUUGGUGGGGGUAAGGGGGAGGUUUUCUAAAUUUGCGAUAACAUUACGAAAUUUUGUCAAAUAAAUGAAAGUGUCGCAGAUGAUUUGUCCAGGAUUGUAUAGAUACAUACUCCAUUUCUGGUUUAUAUAUUUCUGGUUUUUCUGUUUAUAACAUGUCAAGAAACGCCUGACCAAUUACCAACGACUUCACUUAUUUUCAUUUCGGUUUUCAGAUAAUAGCAAUAUCCACAGAAGUCAUGCUACAAAAAUCAGGAUUCGUUUACAAGAAUUUUCAUUAGACAAUUGAUAAUUUAGUUAUAAAUCAUUUAGACUGCAUGAUUUAUUUACACUUUCUUAGUUCGCGAGUGUUUUGUGCCCAACGGCUGUUUUGCGUUCCACACUUCCAAGUGAUUGUUGCCCUUGCAAGGUGAAGGUAUGAAAAGUGCCAACUUCUACAUGCUAGCACUUGGUGGUCCAUCAAACGGUAAGACCCAUGAAGGCACAAAAAUUGUGUAA